AUGUCGUUUGAACGAACGUUUAAACCCGAGGAAACAUCGUACGUGGCACAGGACACAAUGGUCCAAAUAUUGCCGCGAUUCCGAUGCGACAGAGUUCCCUUCUUGGCAGAUGAAUUUGGACCGUUCAUGCCCAACGUUCCGGUUCUUGUGCCAUGUUGGCUCGCCCUUGCGCUGAACGAGAAUGGGAAAUGUACUGUUGAGCUUGGAGACUGGUUUGCAGCAGAGAGCGUGUUGGCAACCCAAAAAAACGAAAAAACGGAUACGAAGGGAUUUCAGCCAUUACCUCAAUAUUUCAUCGAGCAAGCUCGUUGUAUUUCAAAAUAUGUUACAGAAGAUAUGUCUAUGCACGUGCACUUGGAGCAUAUCCUUUCUCUUAGGCAGAGUAAAAUACGCAGAGCAUUCCGUUUACUCCGGCAUGAUACUAUGCGGGAAACGAUCGAGGAGGGCUAUCGACUGCCAUCUGAGACGGCGUGCUCGGAAUUCAAUUCGAUAAGACGCUUCACCUGCGCAGCUAUGGAUAACUUCAACGAACUGUUGGCUUCAAAGGUAUCAUGA